UCCCCUCUUCAGCUCUAAACAAUGGUUUCUACCGAGCUCUGCUUCCCAUUGCAAAAUUUGUAAUGUGCCAUUUUUCCCAUGGAUGCCUUUCCAUUUGGGUGCUGACAGGAGAGGCAGACAUGCUGAAGUGCCAAGCUGAUUCUGCCUACAGACUCGUGCCUGGAGGGUGCUAUGACUUUAGCAUAUUGUGAGCAAGAUUUGUGUUCGAAUUGAUGGGGAAAUGGUCCAGGAGUGCUCAGUGUGAUUCCAGGAGCCAGUGGAGACUGCAGACUGAUUUCAUUGAUCUCUUGAAGAAGCGAACAGAAUUAUAGAAGAUUAGAAAUGAUGUGUGAAGUAAUGCCGACGAUAAACGAGGACACCCCUAUGAGCCAAAGGGGGUCCCAAAGCAGUGGCUCGGACUCGGAUUCUCAUUUUGAACAGCUGAUGGUGAACAUGCUGGAUGAAAGGGAUCGCCUCCUGGACACACUGCGUGAAACACAGGAAAGCCUUGGACUUGCUCAGCAAAGACUACAGGAUGUUAUCUAUGACAGAGAUUCACUCCAGCGACAGCUAAAUUCUGCACUGCCACAGGAGUUUGCUGCAUUGACCAAGGAACUGAAUGCAUGCAGGGAGCAGCUUUUAGAAAAAGAAGAAGAGAUUUCUGAACUGAAAGCAGAAAGGAAUAACACCAGGCUUUUGUUGGAACAUUUGGAGUGCCUUGUUUCCAGACACGAAAGGUCACUGAGAAUGACAGUGGUAAAGCGGCAAGCACAGUCCCCCUCAGGAGUGUCUAGUGAAGUUGAAGUUCUAAAAGCAUUAAAAUCAUUGUUUGAACAUCAUAAAGCACUUGACGAGAAGGUAAGGGAACGGCUGAGGGUUUCUUUGGAAAGAGUCUCUGCACUGGAAGAAGAGCUAACUGCUGCAAACCAGGAGAUUGUUGCAUUAAGAGAACAAAAUGCCCACAUACAAAGAAAGAUGGGUACUGGAGAAGGGCCUGAGCAGGAAGCUCUUGAAGGAAUGGAGCAAGGACAAAAGAUUCAUGAUAAGAGACUGUCCAAUGGAUCGAUAGAUUCAAAUGAUGAUGCAAGUCAGAUGGUGGAGCUGCAGGAACUGCUUGAGAAACAAAACUAUGAAAUGACACAAAUGAAAGAGCGAUUAUCAUCAUUGUCAGCCCGUGUUGGGGAGGUCGAACAAGAAGCAGAGUCAGCAAGAAAAGAACUUGUGAAAACUGAAGAGAUGAAUACUAAAUACCAAAGGGAUAUCAGGGAGGCUAUGGCACAAAAGGAGGAUAUGGAAGAAAGAAUCACUACUUUAGAGAAACGCUAUCUCAGUGCACAGAGAGAGGCAACAUCCAUACAUGACAUAAAUGACAAGUUGGAAAAUGAACUGGCAAAUAAGGAAGCAAUUUUACGUCAGAUGGAAGAGAAAAACAGGCAAUUACAAGAGCGGCUGGAAAUGGCUGAGCAGAAGUUGCAACAGACUAUGAGAAAAGCUGAGACCUUACCAGAAGUCGAAGCUGAGUUAGCGCAAAGAAUUGCUGCACUUACAAAGGCAGAAGAAAGGCAUGGGAAUAUUGAAGAAAGGAUGAGGCACCUAGAAGCACAGCUUGAAGAGAAGAACCAAGAACUUCAAAGAGCUCGACAACGGGAAAAAAUGAAUGAAGAGCACAACAAAAGAUUGUCUGAUACAGUGGACCGGCUUUUAACAGAGUCCAAUGAACGACUCCAGUUACACUUGAAAGAACGAAUGGCUGCACUAGAAGACAAGAAUAUUUUACUUCAGGAAUCAGAGACCUUCAGAAAACAGCUAGAAGAAUGCUUGCAUGAUAAGGAUCGGCUACAAGAAGAAGUUGAAAAAUUAAGAUCUGAGGUUGAUCAAGUGAAGAUAAGAACAGGGUCCUUGAUAGAACCUACAUUAACGAGGCCUCACCUUGACUCAUCUGCAGAGUUAAGAUAUUCAGUAGGGUCUCUUGUUGACAGCCAGUCUGACUACCGCUCAACUAAAGUCAUACGAAGACCAAGAAGAGGUAGAAUGGGCGUUAGGAGAGAAGAGCAACCGGUGAAAUCACUUGGGGACCAUGAAUGGAACCGAACACAGCAGAUUGGAGUCCUUAGCAGCCAUGCAUUUGAGAGUGAUACUGAAAUGUCCGACAUAGAUGAUGAUGACCGUGAAACAAUUUUUAGUUCCAUGGACCUCUUAUCUCCAGGUGGUCACUCUGAUGCUCAAACUUUAGCCAUGAUGCUUCAAGAACAGCUAGAUGCCAUCAAUAAAGAAAUAAGACUCAUUCAGGAAGAAAAGGAAUCUACUGAACUUCGUGCAGAAGAAAUUGAAAAUAGAGUAGCCAGUGUUAGCCUAGAGGGGCUCAACCUGGCCAGAAUGCACCCAGGUACAUCGAUCACUGCUUCAGUCACUGCUUCAUCAUUAGCAAGUUCAUCACCUCCAAGUGGUCAUUCUACACCCAAACUCACACCUCGUAGUCCAGCAAGAGAAAUGGAUCGAAUGGGGGUCAUGACACUACCAAGUGAUUUGAGAAAGCAUCGAAGAAAGAUUGCAGUUGUAGAAGAAGAUGGGCGUGAAGAUAAAGCCACAAUAAAAUGCGAAACAUCCCCUCCUUCAACACCACGUGCUCUCAGGAUGACACAUACCUUGCCAUCUUCAUACCAUAAUGAUGCCAGAGGAAGUCUGACUGCUUCUCUUGAACCUGAUGUGUUUGGUCUUGGGAGCACAAACAGUAGCCAAGACUCUCUGCACAAAGCUCCAAAGAAGAAAGGAAUCAAGUCAUCCAUUGGCCGGUUGUUUGGUAAAAAAGAGAAGGCUCGAUUCGGACAGCUCAGUAAGGAAUUUGGUCUACAAGGUCAAGGCGCAUUUAUGGAUGCUGAUCAAGCGGCACAAGAUUCCUUGGGCUUAGGAAAACUUGGAACUCAAGCAGAAAAAGACAGAAGGCUCAAAAAGAAACAUGAACUUCUGGAAGAAGCAAGAAGAAAGGGACUUCCAUUUGCACAGUGGGAUGGGCCAACCGUAGUUGCAUGGCUUGAACUUUGGUUGGGAAUGCCAGCUUGGUAUGUUGCUGCAUGUCGUGCCAACGUAAAGAGUGGUGCCAUAAUGUCUGCCUUGUCUGAUACGGAAAUACAAAGGGAGAUUGGGAUUAGCAAUCCUCUGCAUCGUUUAAAGCUACGGUUAGCAAUCCAAGAGAUGGUUUCACUCACCAGCCCAUCAGCGCCUCCAACAUCCAGAACACCAUCAGGUAAUGUCUGGGUAACCCAUGAGGAAAUGGAGAACCUUACUGCUCCCACCAAAACGAAAGAGUCAGAAGAAGGCAGCUGGGCACAAACAUUGGCAUAUGGCGAUAUGAACCAUGAGUGGAUUGGGAAUGAAUGGCUUCCUAGUCUGGGCUUACCGCAGUACAGAAGUUACUUCAUGGAAUGCCUUGUAGAUGCCCGGAUGCUAGACCAUUUAACAAAAAAAGAUCUUCGAGUGCACUUAAAAAUGGUGGAUAGCUUUCAUCGAACAAGUUUGCAGUAUGGCAUAAUGUGCUUGAAAAAAUUAAACUAUGAUAGGAAGGAGCUGGAAAGGAGAAGAGAAACAAGCCAGCAUGAAAUUAAAGAUGUGUUAGUGUGGAGCAAUGAUCGUGUGAUUCGCUGGAUCCAAGCAAUAGGCCUUAGAGAUUAUGCAAACAACAUACUGGAGAGUGGAAUCCACGGGUCACUUAUUGCCUUGGAUGAGAACUUUGACUACACAAGUUUAGCUCUUUUGUUACAAAUCCCAACACAAAAUACUCAGGCACGGCAGAUCCUGGAAAGAGAAUACAAUAAUUUAUUGGCUUUGGGAACUGAAAGGCGCCUUGAUGAGAGUGAUGACAAGAACUUCAGACGUGGGCCCUCCUGGAGGAGGCAGUUUCCACCACGUGAAGUGCACGGAAUCAGCAUGAUGCCAGGUUCUUCGGAAACACUGCCAGCAGGAUUCAGAUUAACAACAACAUCCGGGCAUUCACGGAAAAUGACAACAGAUGUUGCCCCUUCAGGAAUACAGAGAUUAGACAGCUCCACGGUCCGUACAUACUCAUGUUGAUGACUCUGACAAGAGCAAAGCACCAAGUUGCUGUUUCAUAUUAAUAACUAUCUACCUGAAGUGCACUACCUAGGGCACCUAUCAUGGGAAACCGCCCAGAUGGCAGAACAAGCACUGAUCUAAAAUGUGAAGUUCUUUUUAUGUACUGCAUUAUCAUAUACUUCAUUUGAGAGACAGAGAACAAAGUAUCUACUACUGCAAGGAGGUCUCCACUUCAUUCGUGAUGAUACAAGUGCGCCCAGCUGAAUGAGAGGGAACUAAUCAUUUUUUGUUCUGUUUUACUGUAAAAUAUUAGAGAUAUUUAAGUAUUUAAUGUGUAUUUAUUUUAUGAAGUGUAAGUCAUUUAUUUUAUGAUGUGUAAAUGGUUAUAAAUAUGAUUUUUUUAAAAAAAGAAAUAAAUAAAACAAAGUUCAUUGAGUCUGUGUGGAAAGACCUGACAAACUGGCGUCAGUGAUGUUUGUACCUUUCCAUAUCACUGUUUAUACAAUAAUUUUUGGAUCGUAAUAGACUAGUUCAUUUAGGAACGUAAGAUGCUACAACAUGUUCCUUCUAAGAACCUCUUACAGCUGCAUACCUGCCUCUGGUUACAGAUAGAUAGGGUGUGAUAUGACUACAGAGCCCCAUUGGACCUGUGAAUGACCACGCCAUGUGACACACUUAGAGAAGCACUGUGACGGCUCUUUAAUCAAUGAACUGUUUACAUUAGUCAAUAGCAAUCACUGAAAUUCAAUAAAUGAUCUUUGUGAAACAAAGUCAUUAUAUUAUGUAACCUGUGGACCAAGAAAAAAAAAUCUUUCAUUUCUCUUUGCUGUUAAGAUGCCAAAGUCUGUGGGAUACUCUGAUCCGACAGCCUGGCAGACACUUACUUUUUACUAUUUAAACCAACUAAUUCCUUUACAAAGGGUGUCUGGGUAAAGGAAAUCUCUCUUUAUGCUUUUAGCCAAGAUGGCCUUGUCAAGACUUCCCAGAAGUCUGCUAUAUUAGAGGAAAUAAUUAAGACUGAAUGGUUGAGAUAUGCUGUAUGUAUACAUAUAUAUGUACAAAUAUAUAGAGAGAGAUAUAUAUACGCACUAACAUAUAUAUGUAUACGUAGAAUAUUACCUUCUGUGGCUUUAUUUGUUGUAGCAACUGUCUCUUAUUCUUUAAUGGUUUCUAUUGGAAAUUGCGAAGUAGACGUUGAAUACAAUAAGUUACCUAUUUGCUAAACUCCUGCUGCUUGACUUUAGCUUGACACCUGUCUUUUAGUUCCUCUUCUCAGCAACUGCACGCUCAUAAAGCUUUAUUUUAUUGUCAUAUCUCAUUUUUAACCAAUCAAAGUUGGACAUUUAUGGUGACAUGUUUUUUCCUUCCAUUGUGAAUAAAAGGGAAAACAAAAUGAAA